AUGGAUCUACUGGUCUCUUUGCGUUUCAGAAUGGAUAAAUCCUGGAUGAGUACUGAUAGAACGAAGAAACGUUAUAGAGAAGGAGUUGCGGCGUUUCUGCGGUAUGCUGUCAACCAUCUCAAGGAGGAGGGUGAGACAUAUGAUGAAUUUCUUAUGUUGUGUCCGUGUACAAAUUGUUUAAAUCUCUGUGCAUGCUCCGUUGGCGACGUAGAAGAUCAUUUAUUCGUAAAUGGAAUCGAUCAAACGUAUACUAUUUGGAAUAAGCAUGGGGAAAAGGAUGAGGCAAUAACUAGUAGUAAGCCAGUUAACGUCAACAAUGGUAUGCACGCUGAAUUUGAAAUGGGAACUCCCACUGAUGCUCCAGACGAAGAUUUUGGAAUGGGAACUCCCACUGAUGCUCCAGACACUAUAGAUAUGAUGCAGGCUGCAGAAGAGUUCGCAGAUGACCCUAUAAAGUUUAAAAAGUUACUUGAAAAUGCUGAAAAGCCCUUAUACGAAGGAUGUCCCAACUUCACAAAGUUGUCUGCAAUUGUGCAGUUGUUUAAGUUGAAGAGUAAGCACGGUGCAUCAGACAUGUUUUUUAAUGAAUUGUUACCCUUGUUAAAGGACAUGCUUCCCAAAGAAGGUAAUUUAAUGGCGAGGAGUACAUAUCAGGCAAAAAAAAUAUUGAAAUCAAUGGGUUCAGGGGAUGGUAAAGUUUACGAGAAUGUUCCAGCAAAGGUAUUGUGGUACUUCGACAUCAUCCCAAGAUUUCAGCGGCUGUUUCAAUCGAAGCACACAGCAAAAGAUUUGAUAUGGCACGAUACCACUAGAAACAAAGACGGUGUUUUACGUCAUCCGGCAGACUCACAUGCUUGGAGAGAGAUAGAUAACAAUUUCCCAGAAAUUAAAGGUGAUCCAAGAAAUCUGCGGUUAGCUGUUUCGGCUGAUGGAGUUGAUGUAAACACAGGCACCAAACAUCACAGUGGAAAGAGAACAUGGGAUGCAUAUGCCCAAGAAAUGUUUACUCUACGUGCAGUUGUUUUGUGGACGAUAAACGAUUAUCCUGCUCUUGGUACACUAUGUGGUUGUCGCUACGCUGGAUAUCAUGGUUGUGUGGUGUGUCGUAAAAAAACGCACAGUAUUAGGCUUCAUGACUCAAACAAGAAUGUUUAUGUUGGUUAUAGAAGAUUUUUACCCUAUGAGCAUCCGUUCAGAAGGCAGAAGGGGGCAUUUGGCGGAAAACAAGAGUGGGAGACUGCUCCAGAACCAAUGACCGGGGAAGAAAUAUAUGAGGAGAAUGUGGGACAAAGUCUUGUUGGAACGUUGCUGCACAACGGGAAUACAAAAGAUGGAUUAAACGCCAGAAAGGAUUUGGUGCGUUUGGGGUUAAAAUCGGAGUUACACCCUAAGACAGAUGACAAAGGAACGAUACUUCCCGCAGCAUGUUAUACAUUAACUACGGAAGAAAAAGACAUAUUCUUGGAGACACUAUCCGAGUUAAGAGUUCCAGAAGGAUCAAUAUCUGCCAAAGAAAUCAUGGUGGAAGAGCUAGAUAAAUUGCAAGAGGAUCUCUGUGUGACGUUAUGCUUACUAGAGAAGGAAGUGAAGUUAUGCGGUCCGGUUUGCUUUCGAUGGAUGUAUCCUUUCGAAAGGUGUAUGAAGGUUAUAAAGGGGCAUGUGCGAAACAAGAAUCAACCUUGUGGAUGCAUUGCCGAAGAGAAUGUUGCAGAAGAGACGAUUGAGAUAUAUUGUGAGUACCAUAAAAGCAUCAGGACAAUUGGUAUUCCACUAGAUAGGCAUAAUACAUCUCAGGAGGGAGAACCGUUAUCAGCUGAAGAGCCGUGUAUAGUUACCCCUGAACAGUUGAGACAAGCACAUUUCUAUGUAAUGCAGAACACGCCUGAAAUUGAGCCUUACAUAGAAUCCCGUGAUGGUAGAAUUCACCAGAAUAGUGGGGUUAGCGUUGCAGCAAAUGACAUGCACAUAUCUAGAGAUGAUGAUGUUACAUAUGGUAAAGCCUCUUAUUAUGGUGUCUUGCAAGAGAUAUGGGAGUUAGAUUACUGUGAAAGAAAAGUUCAUCUGUUCAAGUGCAAUUGGGUUGAUAAUAAACGUGGGGUCAAAAGAGAUGCUCUUGGCUACAAGAUUGUUGACCUUACUAUGUUGGGAUACAAAAAUGAUCCUUUUAUUUUAGCCUCACAAGCUAAGCAGGUAUUUUAUGUCAAAGACCAGUUAGAUAAGAAAAAGUCUAUUGUUUUUGUGACACCUCCCAAAAAUUAUAGAGAUGACGAUGGCAACGAUGAGGAAUUCAGUACAGUAAUCUUUUCUGCGAAUGAUAAUAUCUUGCCGUCUGUAGAUCCACAAGACUUGGGUAAAGAAUCCCGAAAUGAUUACUUCCGAACUGACUGCCGAGGUUUACUUAUACGCAAGCCAAAAUGA